AUGCGUCUUCUCAACGACGUCCAUCACCUCCUCUUCCUCGUCUUCAUAGUGAAGAUGUAUUGGAAGUUCUCACACGAAACCGCCGUACAGUGCUUGCAAAUUGAGGAAUACUUCAAACCUGCUUUUUUGCAAGAGCAGCCUGCAGUGCUGCAACCUCCCUUGCAAACACAGAAGGAGGGUUUGUGGAGCGCAAUCUGUUGUCAUAGAGUUGGGGAAGAGGCCCUGGGACCUGGACAACCACCCCCAAAACUUUGUGGACGCCAGCUUCUGAAACGUAGUGAAUCGCAGGUCAUCCAAACUUCCAAUCCCGUCGCCAGAUUUUCAGUGCUUCGUGACGAGUUCCGGCUGGAGCCGCAAAGUGCGAGAGUGGCGGCGGGCGAGGACGUGCUAUUGGAGUGCGGACCUCCGCGGGGUACGCCGGAGCCGCAGGUUACGUGGAGAAAAGACGGGCACACGCUCGAUUUGGAUAAGCGAUUGCGGUUGGUUGAUGGGUCCAGUUUGGCAAUAACUGAUGCGAAACCGUCUGAUGAUGGGAGAUAUCAAUGCGUUGCGCGAAACACUGCCGGAAUUCGGGAGUCUGCUAUAGCUGUGAUAAAAGUCCAUGUUAAACCUUUUCUGGUACGACCUCCAGAAGACAUCACAGCGCUAGUUGGCUCCACGGUGGAGUUUUCAUGUGGAGUAGGAGGCGACCCACUUCCAGACGUGCUCUGGCGUAGAAACUCGCCAGGCGGUACCAUGCCUUUGGGCAGAGUGCGAGUGCUGGAAGAUCGCAGUCUUCGCCUCGAACGCAUCACGUUACAAGACCAGGGUCGUUACACCUGCGAGGCCGACAACCCCGCGGGAGCUUUAACAGCAUCGGCCACCCUAACUGUUCACGCGGUACCGUCUUUUAAUACGAAACCGCUAGCACAAACAGUUGAAACAGGCCAGAAGGUCUCUUUUCAAUGUAACGCUCAAGGUAACCCGCGCCCAUUUGUGUUUUGGUCGUUCGAGGGCGAUCGCAGCCUGAUAUUCCCUGGCACACCUUCAGGUAAUUUCGAAGCAUUUGCCUCCUCGGACGGCCACUCAACACUGAUACUGCGAAACGCUCAAAUUCAAAAUUCCGGCACCGUCAUCACAUGCUCGGCGGUAAAUUCGGCCGGCUCCACUUCGGCAAGGACCCGACUUACAGUAACCUCCAAAGAAGACCGCCCACCGCCCGUCAUAAUUCGAGGCCCCGUUAACCAAAGCCUUCCGAUCCAAUCGCUCGCUGUCCUCUCGUGCGACGCCACCGGUAAUCCCGAACCGGCAAUAGACUGGUACAAGGACGACAUUCCCGUGAUGCAAAACGAUAAAAUUAAAAUGACCAAACCGGGAAAGCUCGAAAUCUCGCACCUGGCAAAAGAGGAUUCGGGCGUCUACACCUGCGUCGCGUCCUCGAAAGGGGGAAAAGCGACGUGGUCCGGUCACCUCCUGGUCGAAAACCCCAAAAACCCCAACAUUAACUUUUUCAAAGCCCCCGACGCCGUCAUGCUACCGGGUCCGCCCAGUCGACCUCACGUUCUGAAUCAAUCCGAGGGAAGUGUCACGAUCACUUGGGCGCAAAAUAACAAGAUCGGAUCUUCCAGUCUGCUCGGCUAUCAGAUUGAGCUCUUCGGCAAGGAAGAAGGUGUGACUCCGACGUGGACCGUGGUAGGGCGACGGGUUCAUGGUCCCAGUUUCACCCAGCACCUGCUAACGCCCGGAAUUGCGUACACUUUUUUAGUACGCGCCGAAAAUGCGCACGGACUCGGUCCACCGUCGCAGCUUUCCGAACCGAUAUUCGUCGGCACCGAUUCGGCGCUCAAUUGGGGCAAUCCAGAGGUGACCGAAAUAAGCGAGGCUAGAGCCAGCCUAAUAUCGGAUAACAUCGCCCAUCUGGUGGAGACGAUACCAGUACUAUCAACGGCGGUCAAGCUAGUCUGGGAGAUUAUCGACGCACAGUACGUGGAAGGGUUGUACAUAUACUACGUACCUGUUGACGGCGCCCCAGAUAUGCCUAGGAGUUAUGGUAUGCUUACCGUUUUGCAUACCGGUGGUAGUUCCGCAUUUACGGUCAGUAAUUUAGCUAAAUGGGCUAGAUAUGAAUUCUUUCUUGUGCCUUUUUAUAAGACUGUGGAAGGGAUGCCUUCCAAUUCUAGAAUUGUACGUACUUUGGAGGAUGUUCCUGCUGAAUCCCCGUCUCAUAUGGAAGCUCUGUUGUUAAACUCUACCGCUGUUUAUUUAAAAUGGAGAUGUCCGCCUCUCGCUUCGUUAAAUGGGGAACUGCAAGGGUAUCGCGUGGAGGUUAAGGCUAACAGGUCAGAGUCCCAAGUAGAGACGGUUACUGUUGGUGGCACUCCGACAUUACUCUUGGGUAACUUGACAACUGGGAUUACUUAUCAUGUGCGAGUAGCCGCUACAACUCGGGCUGGAGUGGGACCUUUCAGCGUACCUGCUAUGUUACGGCUGGAUCCAGCGAGCCGUGUCAGUGACCAGCACCAGCAGAAACCGAUUGGCGCGGAAAUGCAACCAGGAGAGUUCGUGACGGAAACGUGGUUCAUGGCGCUGCUGAUUAGCAUGGUAACGGUAAUGGUACUACUGUUUGGUGCCAUGAUGCUGGUAAGGCGGCGUCAGUUGCUGGCAAAGAAAGCAUUGCCGGCGAGUCGGUCUAAUGGCGGCGUAUUGAGUACGCCGUUAGCCUUAAAGCAGGAGGCGCCCUUGUGGAUGGACAAAGAGUGUCUGCCCGAAUACGCCAGCACGUUACCGGAAUACGCGAAACUCGCCGCCCAUGACUACUCGCGCGAAUACAACAGCCUGAACGCGCCGAACGGUUUACUUGCCCAAUCCGCCCAUAGUAACGUUAACAUUCACCCGAAUCCGAUGCAUCAAAUCGACUUCAGUCGACCCGAUCAGAAUUUCAAAUGUUUCUCGGAGAUCAGUAGGCACUACGACAAGAACCUGAAGGAUUACAGCAAUAUGCAGGUGCAGGAUUACGCGAGUCCCACCUUGGGCAUCGACUCUGGAAGAACGUCCAUUGCCGAUUACGCGGAAGUGGACAGUGCGACGGCCGUUUUGCCUAGCGGCGCCACCUCGCCCGCUCCUUACGCGACUACCACCCUCGUCACUGGUUCGCGGCGAAUCGCAAACUCUUUGCAGGGUUGGAAUCCAAACUGCGCAUCAAGCAGCCCAGACGAGCCGAUCUACCCGGCGAUCAACGGUGGAUAUUACAACAGGAGCGUCUACUCGGACUCGUACUUCCCAACGACGCACACCCUAAAACGGAACAAAAGGGAGCGGAAGGGAUCGUCGGGAAAUCCGCCCGACCUGGUCUCGCCGAGUCAGCCGGUCUACGCGAGGGUGGGCCCGCCCGGAACGACAUGGAGAGGUGGCGCCCCCUCGCUCAGUAGUUUUAUACCCCAAAAACAAAUGUAUCACGCGUCUACUAGAAGUGAACCUGGCAAUAUGUUGUGAAUUUAGAUGUUUUUGCUAAAAGCUUGGUAUGAAUUUGUUCAAAUAUGACACUGUCUUAGUAUUUAAAAUUCAAAAUUGGUCAUGCAACGAAACGCGCGAAAGUUAAGUCUUAUUUCAGUCAAGGCUAAGUUUACUUAUAUGUAGAUAAAAAUAAUGAAACUAGUCAUUACAACUAUGUAUAUGCUUUUCAUCGGCAAUAAGUAUGACGGUUGGAAUAUAAUUGACAUUAAAUAGAAAAAUGUGAGUCGUCCACUUUGUACCGUGAACUUGUUACAGGAAAUGUAAUAAUUAUGUAAGAUAUCAAAUAGGCUUUAGAUAUAUUUUGAGGCAACCUCCGCAUGUACCUAUAAUCCCGAAAAUUUAGCAAAUGUAUUAUUGUAAGAAUGUAACCCCAUUUUUCUAUUGUACAUUUCCGAAAAUGUUGAAAAGACGCCUAAAGUUUUCCUUUUGUGUUCAUCUUUUGUACAUAUACGCUACAUAUCACUUCUUUGUAUUCACUAUGUGUAAAAGGACUUCAAGUUUCUGUUAAAUUUUAGUGAAUCUAGCUGGUUAGUGAGGAAGGACUGUGAAUUUAACAAGCUUAAAUUGUUAUAAAGAAAUUCUGUGACUGACGCAUGAGUCUAACUCUACUUUUAGUGUACUUUAUACUAGCAAAUACGAAAUUGUUUAUUUAUUUGAUUUAUCUAUAUCUCUUUUAUCCUGUGUACUUUUCCAACUAAGGCUUAAUGUAAGAUUCUUUUGGUCUGCUCUAUAAAGUACACAAACCUAACUAACGAAGUGCUUAUUUCAAUUUCUCCUAAAAUCAUUAAUAAAUAGGCGAUGGUUCUAGGUAUUUGUAUUUCGUUUUUUGCUGAGGGACCAACUCGUUGGUGCAACAAGUUAGGUAGCUUACUGUAAAAAAUUGUUUUAAGUUUAUUUGCCCCUUGAAGUCACCACGUUUAUUCCGCACCUCAGCACAAACGAAGUACGCCAGUUUAGUAGAAUCAGACACAGUGAUCAGUAUUAAACACUAAGCCUUCGCACGCUAACUUAACAUUGUUAUUUGUCAUAAAUCUUUUUUUUUUCUUUACCAAAAAUGUGUUAACAUGGCAAGAAUCUCAGGGUUCGAGAACUUUUCUACUCUGAGAACUAUAUGUAUUUAAUUACCUACCUUGGUCGACUGUCUUCCUUAGUUCUUGGCAUCAAGCAUUUUCUCCUUAAGAUGCGCGAUCAUUUAUAUUUUUAUAAAGUAAAGUUGGCAUGUAAAAAUAAUGUAAGUACGUACUGAUUAUCGCAGUAAACGUUUAAUAAAUAA